AGCAAGCAAAAUAGCGAGUACUUCGAUCCAUGUCAAGAAGCAGCGACGAGAAGUCUGAAAUGUCUAAGAAGAAACGGUGGUGAUCGGAAGAUGUGCCAGGAUUACUUCGAUGCGUAUAAAGAAUGCAAGAAGUCAUGGAUGGAAGAGAUGAAGGAGCAGAAGAGGAGAGAGGGAAAGUCCUGGUUUUGA